AUGGAUCGCCAAUUCUCAACCAAUCCAUCUCGUAAAGCAUGUGGUUGUGCCGAACGUCGCGGUAAGAGGACCGCCUACAUUGCUCUAGGUAGCAAUGUUGGUGAUCGGAUAUCUAUGAUUGAGCAAGCAUGCAAGGAAAUGGACUCGAGGGGCAUCAAGGUGAAGAGAACCAGUAGCCUCUGGGAAACUAAUCCCAUGUACGUCCUAGAUCAAGAUAGGUUUAUAAAUGGAGCAUGCGAGGUGGAAACCGAUCUUGAGCCGUUGCCAUUACUCGAUCAGCUACAAGAUAUAGAGAUAUCCAUGGGACGGCGGAAACUCAUUAACAAAGGCCCUCGGAAUAUUGAUCUUGAUAUUCUGCUCUAUGAAAAUGAAAGUGUUGAUCAUGAGAGGCUGAAAAUCCCUCAUAUUGGUAUCCCAGAGCGUGAAUUCGUUCUCCGUCCCCUUGCCGAACUCAUACCGCAUAAGUCAAUAGACUCCUCCAAGCCUUGGAAGUUUAUCCAGGACUAUUUGAACGAACUACCCCCAGCUCCUGAGCCUCUCUCGACUCUGACGCCGAUUUGUGACUCAGUGGAGCCUUUAAAUGCCCUCAAGGCGACUCGGAAAACGCAAGUAAUGGCCAUCCUUAACAUAACGCCCGAUUCUUUCUCAGAUGGAGGUAUCCACACCCCCGAUUCGCUAAGGGAUACAGUCAUGGCUUAUGUUCGAAGGGGCGCCACGAUCUUCGACAUCGGCGGACAAUCUACAGCACCGGGAACGCUCGAGGUCAGUGCUCAAGAGGAAAUGGAUCGCGUUCUGCCCGUUAUCGAGCUCAUUCGUAGCCUACCCGAAACACGCGAUGUUGCUAUUAGUGUAGAUACAUACCGAUCAUCAGUCGCCGAAGCAGCCGUAAAGGCAGGUGCAGACAUUAUCAACGAUGUCUCGGCCGGACUUAUGGACCCGGAGAUGUUCUCCACAAUGGCCCGAUUAGGCAAGACUGUGUGCUUUAUGCACAUGCGAGGAAACCCUAGUACGAUGAGCAAAUUAAACGAGUAUCCGGAGGGGUUGAUUCCUACUAUUGCCCGGGAGUUAUUGGAGCGGGUAGCGGCUGCUGAAGCUGCGGGUAUCCGUCGGUGGCGUAUCAUCCUUGACCCCGGUCUCGGAUUCGCCAAGGUAGGCGAGCAGAACUUACAGCUCCUGCGCCAUUUCGAUGAGCUGCGAAGCUGGCCGGGAUUAGAAGGUCUGCCAUGGUUAGUAGGGUCUAGUCGUAAGAGCUUUAUUGGUAAAGUCACUGGGGUACCAAAACCAAUAGACCGCGUAUUUGGUACGGCAGCAACCGUCACCGCGGCGGUGCAGGGGGGCGCAGAUAUAGUUCGCGUUCACGAUGUUGUGGAGAUGGGACAGGUAGUAAAAAUGGCCGAUGCCAUCUGGAGGUAUUAG